AUGGCGGCCUCCCGAGCCGUGUUCCCGUGCCCAAGCCGCGCAAAACGAGCGCGUCCCCUCGGCGGCCAUCUUCGACGAAGCUGCACACGAGACUGGGCGGUGUUAGACUAUGCGGACCUCGGGGACGGGCCGGCCGGCCUGAUCGCUGAGCUUACCCUCGCCAGCGACGUGGCCGACUAUGUCCGCUUCCGCGCCGUGUGCCGGCCGUGGCGGCGGUGCUCGCCAGACCCGCGCGCCGGCGGCCUGGACGGCCGCUUCCUCCCCCGCCAGUGGAUCAUGAUCGACAAGGCAUAUGCCGGGCCACGCCGCCAUCGUUUCCUCAACGUGUCUACUGGAGAGUGCAUCCGGACGGACCUCCCGGAGCUCGCCGGGCACACGCUGCUCGCGCUCACCCCGGAAGGCCUCCUGCUGCUGCUCCACGAGUCCACCCUGGUCGUCCGCCUGCUGAACCCUCUCACGCACCAGCUCACCGAUCUCCCGCCGGUGACCGCGCUCCUGAGCCCCGAGCAGAGUCCAUCUAGGCGCCGCGGCUUGCAGAUCAAAGUUAUGGUGUCUGGCGUGGGCCUGGUUGUAGAUUCCUCGGUGGCAGUCAGUUUCUUUGAUCCCAUGGUGCUUGCCGUCGCUAAACCCGGCGACGAUAGUUGGACAGUGGCCCACAAUGAGGAAGUGAGUACGACUCUACCUUUUGCCGGCCGCUUCUACUGUGCCACCUACAGGGGUGUCAUGGUGCUGGACGUGGGCUCAGAUCGGCAGCCGCUACGGCUCCAGGUGGUCGCUGACCGGAGCAAGUCGUUUUACUUGAACCCCAUGGCACACAGCCUCCACCUGGCGGACAAUGGUGGGGAGUUGAUGCUGGUGCACCGGACCCGAUGCCACGACAGCAAGUAUGGCAGGAGGUAUGAUGUUUAUAGACUGGAUUUGGAAGCUGGGGUCCUGGUCCCGGUCAAGGGCUUCAACGGGCGUGCCAUGUUCAUGGGCAUGGGUCGCACGAUUUCCGUAUCAGCUCAGAACCCCUUUCCUUGUGUUGCUUCUGAUACCAUCUACAUGGGGCCGGAUUGUGAUGGCAAGAUUCAGGGAUACAAUAUUGCGGAUGGAAGAAGAUGCGAUCUGAUUGGAGCGGUAUGCCGACGUAGCGUUGUGGAUUGUCUCCGCUACUGCAUCCAGGGAUUCGGCAAGCUACUUGCCUGA